ACCUACACCAAUGCGGACAAGCUCCUAGAAGCUGCAGAGCAGCUGGCUCAGACCGGGGAAUGUGACCCCGAGGAGAUCUACAAGGCAGCACGACACCUGGAGGUACGCAUCCAGGACUUUGUGCGCAGGGUGGAACAGCGGAAGCUUCUCCUGGACAUGUCUGUCUCCUUCCACACACACACCAAAGAGCUGUGGACAUGGAUGGAAGACCUUCAGAAGGAGAUGCUGGAGGAUGUUUGUGCGGACUCAGUGGAUGCGGUCCAGGAACUGAUCAAGCAGUUCCAGCAGCAGCAGACCGCCACUCUGGAUGCCACGCUCAACGUCAUCAAGGAAGGCGAAGACCUUAUCCAGCAGCUCAGGUCAGCGCCUCCCUCCCUGGGGGAGCCCAGCGAGGCCAGGGACUCGGCUGUGUCCAACAACAAGACACCCCACAGCAGCUCCAUCAGCCACAUCGAGUCAGUCCUGCAGCAGCUGGACGAUGCCCAGGUGCAGAUGGAGGAGCUGUUCCACGAGCGGAAGAUCAAGCUGGACAUCUUCCUGCAGCUGCGCAUCUUCGAGCAGUAUACCAUUGAGGUGACGGCAGAGCUGGACGCCUGGAAUGAGGACUUGCUCCGGCAGAUGAAUGACUUCAACACGGAGGAUCUGACCCUGGCCGAGCAGCGGCUGCAGCGCCACACGGAGCGGAAGCUAGCCAUGAACAACAUGACGUUCGAGGUCAUCCAGCAGGGGCAGGAUCUGCAUCAGUACAUCAUGGAGGUCCAGGCCUCAGGAAUUGAGUUAAUCUGUGAGAAAGACAUUGAUCUGGCAGCCCAGGUACAAGAGCUACUGGAGUUUCUCCAUGAGAAGCAACACGAACUGGAGCUCAACGCAGAGCAGACCCAGAAGCGGCUGGAGCAGUGCCUCCAACUGCGGCACCUACAGGCCGAGGUCAAACAGGUCCUGGGAUGGAUCCGCAAUGGGGAGUCAAUGCUCAACGCCAGCCUCGUCAAUGCCAGCUCUUUGUCUGAAGCAGAACAGCUGCAGCGGGAACACGAGCAGUUCCAACUGGCAAUCGAGUCCCUCUUUCAUGCCACUUCCUUGCAGAAGACGCACCAGAGUGCCCUGCAGGUACAGCAGAAAGCUGAGGCACUGCUCCAGGCCGGCCACUAUGACGCCGACGCCAUCCGGGAAUGUGCCGAGAAGGUGGCCCUCCACUGGCAGCAGCUCAUGCUGAAGAUGGAAGACCGGCUAAAACUAGUCAAUGCCUCUGUGGCAUUUUAUAAAACUUCUGAACAGGUCUGUAGUGUCCUGGAGAGUUUAGAGCAAGAAUACCGGAGAGACGAGGACUGGUGUGGCGGACGAGAUAAACUGGGGCCAGCAGCCGAGAUCGACCAUGUCAUCCCACUCAUCAGCAAACAUUUGGAACAAAAGGAGGCCUUUCUUAAGGCCUGUACCCUGGCACGGCGGAACGCGGAGGUGUUCCUCAAGUACAUCCACAGGAACAACGUUAGCAUGCCCAGUGCCGCCGGCCACACCCGGGGACCUGAGCAGCAGGUGAAAGCCAUCCUGAGCGAGCUCUUACAGAGGGAGAACCGCGUCCUGCACUUCUGGACCUUGAAGAAGCGGCGGUUAGACCAGUGCCAGCAAUAUGUGGUGUUUGAGCGCAGCGCGAAGCAGGCGCUGGACUGGAUCCAAGAAACAGGUGAAUAUUACCUGUCAACACAUACCUCCACUGGAGAGACCACAGAGGAGACUCAGGAACUGCUGAAGGAAUAUGGGGAAUUCAGGGUGCCUGCCAAGCAAACAAAGGAGAAGGUGAAGCUUCUGAUUCAACUGGCCGAUAGCUUUGUGGAAAAAGGCCACAUUCAUGCCAUGGAGAUCAGAAAAUGGGUGACCACGGUGGACAAGCAUUACAGAGACUUCUCCUUGAGGAUGGGAAAGUACCGGUACUCCCUGGAGAAAGCGCUAGGCGUCAACACAGAGGACAAUAAGGACCUGGAGCUGGACAUCAUCCCAGCAAGCCUUUCAGAUCGUGAGGUCAAGCUACGGGACGCCAACCACGAAGUCAAUGAAGAGAAGCGGAAGUCAGCCCGGAAGAAAGAAUUCAUUAUGGCUGAAUUGCUGCAGACGGAGAAGGCUUAUGUAAGGGACUUACAUGAGUGCUUAGAGACAUACCUGUGGGAAAUGACCAGCGGCGUGGAGGAGAUCCCCCCUGGGAUCCUUAAUAAAGAGCACAUCAUCUUUGGCAACAUCCAGGAGAUCUACGAUUUUCAUAACAACAUCUUCCUCAAAGAGUUGGAGAAGUAUGAGCAGCUGCCUGAGGAUGUGGGACACUGCUUUGUUACCUGGGCAGACAAAUUUCAGAUGUACGUCACCUACUGUAAAAACAAGCCUGAUUCCAAUCAGCUGAUCCUGGAGCACGCAGGCACCUUCUUUGAUGAAAUACAGCAGCGGCACGGUCUGGCCAACUCCAUCUCUUCCUACCUAAUCAAACCCGUCCAGAGGAUCACCAAGUACCAACUGCUCCUGAAGGAACUUUUAACUUGCUGUGAAGAAGGGAAAGGGGAGCUCAAGGAUGGCCUGGAGGUGAUGCUCAGUGUCCCAAAGAAAGCCAAUGAUGCCAUGCAUGUCAGCAUGCUGGAAGGGUUCGACGAGAACCUGGAUGUGCAGGGAGAGCUGAUUCUCCAGGAUGCCUUCCAAGUGUGGGACCCAAAGUCGCUGAUCCGGAAGGGGCGGGAGCGGCACCUGUUCCUCUUUGAGAUCUCCUUGGUUUUUAGCAAGGAGAUCAAAGACUCUUCAGGACACACGAAAUAUGUUUACAAGAACAAGCUACUGACCUCAGAGCUGGGUGUGACCGAGCACGUAGAAGGUGAUCCCUGCAAAUUCGCCUUGUGGUCUGGGCGCACCCCCUCCUCAGACAAUAAAACAGUGCUGAAAGCCUCCAACAUAGAAACCAAGCAAGAGUGGAUCAAGAACAUUCGAGAGGUGAUUCAAGAAAGGAUCAUUCACCUGAAAGGAGCUUUAAAGGAGCCAAUUCAGCUCCCCAAAACACCAGCCAAACAGAGGAACAAUAGUAAGAGGGAUGGAGUGGAGGAUGUUGACAGCCAGGGGGAUGGGAGCAGCCAGCCAGACACCAUCUCCAUCGCCUCCAGGACCUCUCAGAAUACAGUGGACAGUGACAAGCUCUCUGGCGGAUGUGAGUUGACCGUGGUCCUCCAGGACUUCAAUGCAGGCCACAGCAGCGAGCUGACCAUCCAGGUGGGGCAGACGGUGGAGCUGCUGGAGCGGCCCAGCGAGCGGCCGGGCUGGUGUCUGGUCCGCACCACGGAACGGAGCCCCCCCCAGGAGGGCCUGGUUCCCAGCAGCGCCCUGUGCAUCUCCCAUUCCCGAAGCAGCGUGGAGAUGGACUGCUUCUUCCCCUUGGUGAAAGAUGCAUACUCUCAUUCCUCAAGUGAAAACGGAGGCAAGUCUGAGUCAGUGGCCAACCUGCAGUCUCAGCCCUCCCUGAACUCCAUCCACAGCUCCCCCGGGCCCAAGCGUUCCACCAACACCCUUAAGAAGUGGCUGACCAGUCCGGUGCGCCGGCUCAACAGUGGAAAAGCGGAUGGAAACAUCAAGAAGCAGAAGAAAGUACGAGAUGGCCGGAAGAGCUUCGACCUGGGAUCUCCCAAGCCUGGGGAUGAGACAACCCCUCAGGGAGACAGUGCCGAUGAGAAGAACAAGAAAGGUUGGGGCGAAGAUGAGCCAGAUGAAGAGUCACACACCCCCCUCCCUCCUCCUAUGAAGAUCUUUGACAAUGACCCUACACAGGAUGAGAUGUCCUCCUCUUUGCUAGCAGCCCGGCAGGCUUCCACUGAAGUACCUUCUGCUGCAGACCUUGUCAGUGCAAUAGAACAAUUGGUCAAAAGCAAGCUGAGUCUAGAAGGAGGCUCAUACCGGGGAAGCUUGAAAGACCCUGUAGGCUGCCUGAAUGAGGGGAUGACCCCACCCACACCUCCUAGAAACCUGGAAGAAGAACAGAAAGCCAAGGCCCUGAGAGGCCGGAUGUUUGUCCUGAAUGAGCUGGUACAGACAGAAAAGGACUAUGUCAAGGAUCUGGGGAUUGUGGUGGAGGGCUUCAUGAAGAGAAUAGAAGAAAAGGGUGUCCCUGAGGACAUGCGAGGGAAGGAUAAAAUCGUGUUUGGAAAUAUUCACCAGAUUUACGACUGGCAUAAGGAUUUUUUCCUGGCUGAACUGGAAAAAUGUAUCCAGGAGCAAGACAGACUGGCCCAGCUCUUUAUUAAACACGAGCGGAAGCUGCACAUCUACGUGUGGUACUGCCAGAACAAGCCGCGCUCCGAGUACAUCGUCGCCGAGUACGACGCUUACUUCGAAGAGGUGAAACAGGAGAUAAAUCAAAGGCUGACGCUUAGCGACUUCCUUAUCAAGCCCAUUCAGAGAAUCACAAAAUAUCAGUUGCUCCUCAAGGACUUCCUGAGAUACAGUGAGAAGGCUGGUUUGGAGUGUUCCGAUAUCGAGAAAGCCGUGGAGUUAAUGUGCCUUGUUCCAAAACGCUGCAAUGACAUGAUGAAUCUGGGACGCCUGCAGGGCUUUGAGGGCACCCUGACCGCGCAGGGGAAGCUGCUGCAGCAGGACACGUUCUAUGUGAUUGAGCUGGACGCAGGCAUGCAGUCCCGAACCAAGGAGAGGCGCGUGUUCCUCUUUGAGCAAAUCGUCAUCUUCAGUGAACUGCUAAGGAAGGGAUCACUCACCCCGGGCUACAUGUUCAAAAGAAGCAUCAAGAUGAAUUACUUGGUCCUGGAGGAGAAUGUGGACAAUGACCCUUGUAAGUUUGCGCUCAUGAAUAGAGAGACUUCUGAGAGGGUCAUUCUGCAAGCCGCCAACGCGGACAUCCAGCAGGCCUGGGUGCAGGACAUCAAUCAAGUCUUAGAAACACAGCGAGACUUCUUAAAUGCCCUACAGUCGCCCAUUGAGUAUCAACGGAAAGAACGGAGCACGGCCGUGAUGAGGUCCCAGCCAUCCAGGGUUCCCCAGGCCAGCCCCAGGCCCUACUCCUCUGUCCCCACGGGCUCUGAGAAGCCCCCAAAGGGCUCCAGCUAUAACCCACCUCUGCCACCCCUGAAGAUAUCUACCUCCAAUGGCAGUCCAGGGUUUGACUACCACCAACCUGGGGACAAGUUUGAGGCCAGCAAGGGCGACCUGGGAGGCUGCAAUGGGACCUCAUCUAUGGCCGUGAUCAAAGAUUACUAUGCACUGAAGGAGAACGAAAUCUGUGUGAGCCAAGGUGAGGUGGUCCAGGUCCUCGCCGUCAACCAGCAGAACAUGUGCCUGGUGUACCAGCCUGCCAGCGACCGCUCCCCGGCGGCCGAGGGCUGGGUCCCAGGCAGCGUCCUGGCGCCCCUCCCCAAAGCCACGGCGGCCGCAGAAAAUAGUGACGGAAGCAUCAAGUAAGUGCCUCGUUGGCUUCCCCGGGAAAGGAUUGUGUGGAUUAAAAAAUCAAAACCAAACAAAGAACACAAAAAAUGCAAACACACGCUAGGGAAUUCCUGCUGCUUAUUCUCGACAGUGCCACCGGAACCAAUGUUCGAGCGCUGGAGCCACACACAGCAUGGGGCAGCCAGGCUGGAUUGUUCCAGGCUUUUGUUGUUGUUGUUGACAGUAGUGGCUGUGGGUUUUUGGUUUUUGGUUUUUGGUUUUUUUUUUCCCUUUUCGUUUAUAAUUUUCUGUUCGUUUUUUUUUUUCCUCCCCUCCCCCAUUAAGAAAAGAACCCUACUGAAACCCUAGAUGACAAAGGCUUGCCUUCCGUUGCUCCAUUUGACCCACCACAGGAUUCACUGGACUGGACUUUAUUUAUAUUGUAUUAAGUUACUGAUAUAUAUAUAUAUUUUUUUUUUCUUUCUUUUUGAUUGACACCAAAAAAUUACCUUAGCACGAAUGCCAGACCUAUAUAGGUCAGAGGCCUGCUGCUUCUCCCAGGAGAGAGGGGGGAACUUUUUGGUUGUCUGUGGCAAUUCCUCUGUACAGAUUGUAACAUUUUUUUUUUUUAAUUUCUCCCCUCCCCUGUCACUUUAAUAUAUGUUCAUGGUAAUUUGUAAGAUAUUUCUUUUCCUUAUUUUGGUUGCGAAGACCCUUCCGAACACAUUCCUGUAUAAAGUAUUUUGCACUAUUUAAAGAACCCCAUAUGGAUGAAGUCAGGUUGUGCAAUAUAAAUGGAGAGUCACAAUGUUCAUCAUUGUACCUGUAAUGUAACUAAUAAUUUUAAAUGUACUAUUUUAAAUAUGUAAAAUAAAUUUUCACCAUGAGCAUGUUUUAAUGAG